AAGUGCCCAUCCCAAAUUCCAUGGUUCUUCUUGGUUCUCCAGCAGCAUCUCAUUUUAUUUAAAUCUGUAAAUGUUUUCGUCCUAAGUUCUAACGAAGAAAAACAAAGAAAACAAUUAAUGGGGAACAAGUUGUUGUUGCAGCUGCUUCUGCUUCUUCCUCUUCUGCAUGCUUAUUCAGGAAUAUCUACAGUUCGAUAUCUUCCAGGUUACCAUGGCCCUCUUCCUUUCGAGCUUGAAACCGGGUACAUUGGUGUUGGUGAGGCAGAGGAAAGCCAGUUUUUCUACUACUUCAUCAAAUCUGAGAGAACUCCAGCAGAAGACCCUCUUCUUAUCUGGUUAACCGGAGGACCUGGCUGCUCUUCUAUCUCUGGCUUUCUUCUUGAGAAUGGGCCUCUGGCUUUCAAUACUGAGUCUGACAGUGGAAACAUCCCAUCAUUGGUCUCUACUACAUAUUCAUGGUCUAAGGUGGCGAAUAUAAUCUAUUUGGAUCAGCCUGUUGACACUGGCUUCUCUUACUCUAGAAACCCACUUGCUAAUAUACCAAGUGACACAAGAUCAGCUAAGCUGGUCCAUGAGUUUGUUCAUAAAUGGCUAGCCAAGCAUCCUGAGUAUUUCUCCAAUCCUUUCUAUGUCACCGGAAAUUCUUAUGCCGGUAAAGUGGUUCCCGCUACUGUUCAAGAAAUCUCAAUUGGAAAUGGUUUAUGCUGUAAACCUCAAAUAAAUCUUCAGGGUUACGUGCUGGGAAAUCCUAUAACAGACUUGGAUAACGAGAAGAACUGGCACAUUCCAUUUGCUCAUGGAAUGGCUUUGAUCUCUGACGAGCACUACGAGUCGCUAAGGAGAAGCUGCAGAGGAAAUUAUGCUAAAGUGGAUCCUCUUAACACAGAAUGCAUGAAUCUCGUUGAAGAGUUUGAGAAGUGUGUUUCUGGAUUAGAUUGGUCAUAUAUUCUAGGACCAAAGUACAUAAACCCGUCUGACCCCGAUGACGCCAACCCGCUUGGGCAUCGCAUGACUGUGCAGUCUAACCGCUGGACCAAUGAGGAGAGUGUGCGCAGAGCCCUUCAUGUGGAGAAGGGGACUAUCGGAGAAUGGUCACUUUGUGAUCGGGAAUUACCUUACAAGUUUGACAUUAACAGCAGUGUACCAUACCAUAAGAACAACAGCAUCCAAGGAUAUCGAUCUCUCAUCUUCAGUGGUGAUCACGACUUGCUUGUCCCUUUUCUUGCAACUCAAGAUUGGAUGAGAUCACUAAACUAUUCCAUUGUUGAGGACUGGAGGCCAUGGAUGGUUCACAAUCAAGUCGCUGGUUGCAGAUACACAAGGACGUAUGCCAAUAAAAUGACAUUUGCCACUGUAAAAGGCGGCGGGCACACCAUUGUGUAUAAACCAGAUGAGUACUCUGCUAUGUUCAAGAGAUGGAUUAAUGGCCAACCUCUGUAGAAGCCUAUCAGCGAUUUGUUAACAAAAAAAAAGCUGCAAAGUCUUGAUAUGGUGAUCUGCAGGGCCGUGCCUGAGAAUGUUAGGCUCUAAAGCCCAAUUAUUAAUUUGGCCCCUCAAAAUUAUGAAAAAUUUAAAAGUUGUGGAGAAGAAUCGAAUUGGGUACCUUAUCUACUUCUAAUAUGUACAUAACCAACCUAGCCACUUAGUAGUUUCUGUUAGGGUUUGGCCCCUAAUACUCAUAUAAUUGUUCAAGGCCCCAAACAUAUGCUUGAUUGGCUUUUACUCAGGCACGGCCCUGGUGAUCUGAUGUGUCUUGUAUGAUUAGGCAAAAAGACAAUGAUAAUUUUGGGUCAAUUCCAA